AGCACGUGUCAGCGGGCGCGCUGAAUGAGGUCACGUGGGGGGAGCGGGGCGGGCGGUGACGUCGGCGGCGCUGAAGAUGGCGGAGUACCUGGCGUCCAUCUUCGGCACCGAGAAGGACAAGGUCAACUGUUCAUUCUAUUUUAAAAUCGGAGCGUGUCGUCAUGGAGACCGAUGUUCUCGUUUGCACAACAAGCCCACAUUCAGUCAGACCAUUGCGCUCUUGAACUUAUACCGUAACCCUCAAAACUGUACCCAGACAGCAGACGGUUUCCACUGUGCUGUCGGCGAUGUUGAAAUGCAGGAACAUUAUGAUGAGUUCUUUGAGGAGGUGUUCACAGAAAUGGAAGAAAAGUAUGGUGAAAUUGAAGAGAUGAAUGUCUGUGAUAAUUUGGGUGAUCACCUGGUUGGAAAUGUUUAUGUAAAGUUUCGCCAUGAAGAAGAUGCAGAAAAGGCUGUAAAUGAUCUAAACAAUCGCUGGUUUAAUGGACAGCCUAUCCAUGCAGAGCUAUCCCCUGUGACUGACUUUAGAGAAGCUUGCUGCAGACAAUAUGAAAUGGGAGAGUGUACCCGGGGAGGUUUCUGCAACUUCAUGCAUCUGAAGCCGAUAUCGCGGGAGUUACGCCGUGAGCUGUAUGGACGGCGCCGCAAGAGCCAGCAGCAGGGUAGCCGUGUCACCUCAUCUGGGGACAAACGGCUGCUAACCAUCACCCCAAAGCACUUAAUGGCUGCCAUCAGACACAGGUCAAGAUCGAGAUCUCGUGAGCGCAAGAGGUCCAGGUCACGGGAGCGUGGAGGUCGUGGUGGGAGGGACCGAGACCGCGACCGCAGACGUUCCAAGGAUCGUGAACGAUCUGGGAGGUUCUGAGCAUCGAUAUCCAUCUGCAUGACAGCUCAUUUGGAAGGACCACGACCAAGAUGUGAUUGGAAUUUAAUACUUUUUAUGUUCAAGUUUAAAAUAAACCUGGGUUCGUUUCUUUUUGAUGUCCAGUAAACCUUUUUAAAAUAAAAGUGGAGCUGAUGCUAGCUGACUUGCAACACCAGUUCCUGUUUUUAGCUAA